AUGGAGCACGAAGAAAACGAAGUCGAUGACAACUCACAUAUUGGAUGCUACAUUUUCAAGCCUACAGCCAUACCUGAAGAUGACGGCCGCCAGCCACGGAAAAGGCGCAAGAUCAGCAAGCCUGCCCUACCUAAUCAAGCUGAGCACGAUGAGUUGCCGUGGCCAAGCCUCCAUGGUGGUGAAGAAUCCGAAGAGUCUGUUGAUGCCCGGCGGAAACAAUUCCAGAAAAUAUGGACACUGCAUCAGACCGAGAUCGACCGUGUUGUGAAUAAGGUCGAUGAGAGUUUCGUGGAUAAUGUGUUGGAAUUUGUCCGAGAUAAGGGCAGGAAGGCGACCCAAGGCAGGGUUAAGACCGGCUUGAUCGUGUCAGGAACGACCAGGAAUACAAGAAGAGAUAUUUUGCAAGGCUGGAAGGCAAGACAGCUGGGGGAUAACCAGGAGAUAUUUAUUGAGCUUCACCCAAGCCAGUGUCCGAAUCUGCAGAUUGCACUAAAGAAUGUUAUCAGGCUGGCGAUUUCCCAACAUGGAGGCUCGCUUAAGUAUACGACUUUUCUCGCACAACAAAAAGCAUUCAUCCCCAUGAACUUCGAUUUGGAGCUACUCCAGCGAUAUAUUGAGCAGCAUUGUAUAUCACGAAUCCUGCUGUCGGUGGCUGAUGUGGAAACCUUCGAUACUACUAUUCUCUCCGAAUUGAUCGCUACAACCAACUCUUGGAUCAACCGAGUUCCUUUCAACCUCCUGAUUAAUAUAUCGACUACGAUAGAGCUCUUUGAGUCUCGACUCUCCAGAUCCGUCGCGGCAUUGAUGGAUGCAAAAGCUUUCCAUUCGACUGACGACACUGCCGACCCAUUGUACAGUAUAUACAGCGCAGUACAACACAGCCAUCAAAGCAAUGUCUUUCUGGGGCCCGCCGUUCUAAAAGUGAUCUCAGGCCUUGCGGAAGACCAAACUACGACCGCUACAACCUUCGUACGGGCCAUCAAAUACGCAUUCAUGUCUCAUUUCUUUGCGAACCCGAUGUCAUUGUUGUGCUCGGAAUCGGGCAUAGAUUUGUCCCGUGACAAGGUCUUAUGCCAGGCAAUCCGCAACACGUCAGGAUUUAGAGGGCGUUGUGAGCAGCUCGUCAAGGGUAAAAAAUCUCACCGUCACCAAGCUCGGGAGUUGCUGUCGUCUGAUGAGGCUCUCAUAAAAGAUGCCAUCGAAAUGCUACGGAGUAGUCAGGCAAGAAUGAGGAACUCUCUCCAGGCUGUGCAGCUGCUGCAUACAUUGUACAGUCUUUUAGAACCCGCGUCGCUAACCCCUCUAGAAUUGGAAGCGCAGCUGAUCAACUCCUUGCCCAAUCUGCUUGAAUCAGAAAUCUACCACGAUAUUGAGUUAAGUGUAGCUGACCUGUCGCAUGAGGAAAUCCACGACUUUUUAGACCGAGUCACCCAAUCAGCGAUCGACACAUCCUUCGCAGAAUUUUCAACUGAGGUGGGAUGCGAAGAGAGCGUCGGUUCAAAGACGUUAUCCCUAGGCGCUAUCAAGGAGUCCUUGAGCAAAUUUGGUGGUCCUGCGAAUCCAGAAUUGGAUAAAGCGCAUGCACUCCAGCAGCAAUUCACUGUCCUCUUAACGUCAUAUCUGAAAACCAUGCUUUCUCCUAAAACUACCGACGAAUCUGCAUCCACGGCUAGUGUCAUGGUCACCAAUCCGUUCCAGACAUACCUCUCCGAAGCGGCUAUCCUCAAUAUGCGCUCUCCAUUGUCAACAAUUCUGCACGCGAGACCACGCUACGCCCUCGAGCGUGCCCUAACGCGGCCCGCCGACUACCUAGGUUGUGAAUGCUGUACCACCAAGCAUGGCGAGAUCUUCGACCGUGCAACACUGCCACCGGCGAGUCUGCUGCUGACACUACUCAAUGAAGCAGGGAACGUUGUCAACGUGCAAGAUUUGUGGGAUGCAUUUUGCGAUACAGUGGUGCACACCAGUAUUCCCGGUGUUGAAGGGGAGGAGAAUGGCCCUGCUCCCGACAAAGAUGGCGAUGAACGCCGUUCCCUUACAGUCUUCUAUCGCGCGCUAGCAGACCUCCGACACCUGGGCCUGGUUCGACCGAGUAAGCGCAAGCCAGGUGUCGAUUGUAUUGUGAGGACAGCUUGGAUGGGGCUCUGA